AUGGAUCCUGAGGAGCGCGCGAAGUCCAUCAAAGUCUCACUUGCCGACCUGACGGCAAAGGCCACAGCACUUUAUGCGCAGAAGAAUUAUGAAGAAGCCGCCGAGCUCUUUUCGCAGGCUACUGAAACGCAGGCCGAGUUCAACGGCGAGAUGAGCCCCGAGAACGCCGACAUCCUGUUCCUGUAUGGCCGAAGCCUCUUCAAGGUCGGGCAGAGCAAGAGCGACGUCCUAGGCGGCAAAGCCACGGGCGAGGAGAAGAAGAAGAAGAAGUCCAAUGGUGCUGCUGAGUCUGUGGCAAAGACUAUACCCCCCGUUUCGACAGGCGCAUAUACUGCGGAAAAGGAGAAGACCAAGGCCGAUGAGAUUGCCGAGGAGAAGGUGGCCAUUGUCGCAAUGAAUGCAAGUGGCAGCGGGCUCAAGGAGGAUGAGAAGAAGCCGCUUUUCCAGUUCAUGGGAGACGAGGAUUUCGAAGACUCGGACGAGGAUGCUGGCGAGGAUGAAGACGGAAAAGAGGAAGAGGAGGACGAUCUUGCAGUCGCCUUCGAAAUCCUCGACCUCUCGCGAGUUUUGUUCGAGAAGAGUCUGGAGCUGGCAAUUGCAGCUGAUGUCGAAGGCAAGGGCAAGGAGAAGUCCGAAGGUGAUGCCCCUACCGUCAGACACAUCAAGGAAAGACUUGCCGACACGCAUGAUCUGCUCGCCGAGAUCUCGUUGGAGAACGAGAAAUACCCACUAGCUAUCAAUGACUCCCGGUCCUCGUUGAAGUACAAGUUCGAGCUGUACCCCCAAGAGUCGGAAAUCAUUGCAGAGGCGCAUUUCAAGCUGUCCCUCGCCCUCGAGUUUGCAUCCGUCACUACAACAGCCGAGGACAACAGCAAGCCUGAGGCUCCUAAAGCUGUCGACCAAGAUAUGCGCGACGAAGCUGCUGCCGAGCUCGAGAAAGCCAUUGCCAGCACAAAACUCAAGCUGCAGAACAAGGAGGUCGAUUUGGCAACGGUUCAUGCCCCCGAGGACAACGAAAUCACGCGCAAGCAGAUUGCCGAAGUCAAGGAGAUUAUUGCGGAUAUGGAGCAACGGCUCAAUGAUCUCAAGAAGCCACCUAUGGACGUGAAUAGCAUGCUUGGUGAAGAUAACCCCAUGGCUGGUAUCCUGGGAGCAGCACUGGGUGAAUCAGCCGCCGAGAAGGAGGCGCGUGUGGAGGAAGCAAAGCAGAAGGCCAAAGACUUGAGCGGCCUGGUGCGCAAGAAGGAAAAGAAGCUGGACUCAGAACUGGAUGCAGCACCCUCCACUGAGACCAACGGCAAGCGCAAAGCAGAAGAGCCAGCUAAGAGCGACGAGCAGAGCAAGAAGACCAAGGUGGAAGAAGAUGCUGCAGUGUCUGUUGCUGAGUCCUAG